UUCUGUUUUACCUGGUUGAUCAGUGCAACUGUAAAAUUUCUUGAGGCGCUGUGGGAAGGCGGAAGAAAAGGUUGAAAAAAGAACUGGCAAUCGACCCAGGGAUGCACUGAUUGGUGGCAAGUUGUUCCUUCGUGUUAUCUGCAAUUCCCGGUUGUUCUUUUAUGCAGCAGAAAGAGAGUUGCAAUUGGGCGUGAUCGGACAGCAUGACUCGCAGAGGACUGCGGGCCCUGGCCUUGACCGCAACUGCAGCGGUGGGGACCUUGUAUGCUGUCCAAGCUCGUAAUGCAGCAUUUAGUGAUGCUGGGGCCGCCAGUUUCUCAGAUGAGGUCCCCCCAAGAGCCACACAAUUGGGAGUCCUCAAAGGGAGCAGCCCAGUCAGUCAAUUCGACAUUCUUGUCAUUGGUGGCGGAGCCACUGGUUGUGGGAUAGCUGUUGAUGCCGCUACCAGAGGCCUGCGAACAGCCCUUGUGGAACGAGAGGACUUUGCAGCCGGCACAUCCUCUCGGAGCACUAAGCUGGUCCACGGCGGCGUGCGCUACCUGGAGAAAGCCGUCAAGAACGCCGACCCCGGCCAGCUGAAACUCGUGUACGAGGCCCUGAAAGAGCGCGCCACCAUCCUCCAAAACGCCCCCCAUCUGACCGCCCCCCUCCCCACCAUGAUGCCCUGCUACUCGUGGUGGGAGAUUCCUUACUACUACGCGGGCAUGAAGCUAUACGACCUGAUUGCCUGGAGCCGCGUCCUGCACCUCUCCCGCUUCCACAGCGCCAGCGAGUCCCGCGAGAUGUUUCCGACGCUGGCGGCUUCGAGUCCCGACGGGCGCAGCCUAAAGGGCACGGUGGUUUACUUCGACGGCCAGAUGAACGACGCGCGGCUCAACGUCUCGCUCGCGUGCACGGCGGCGCUAGCGGGCGCCGCGGUGUUGAACCACGCCGAGGUGGUGGGACUGAAUAAAGACGAGACGACGGGCCAGGUGACGGGGGCCAGGGUGCGGGAUGCAGUCUCGAGCCAAACAUUUGACGUGCACGCAAAGGUUGUAAUAAACGCCACCGGGCCGUUCUGCGACUCGAUACGCAAGAUGUCGGACGGGGAGGCGCGGCCUAUGGUAACCACGAGCAGUGGGGUGCAUGUGGUGCUGCCGGAUUACUUUUCGCCGGACUCAACCGGGUUGAUUGUCCCCAAGACCAAGGACGGAAGAGUGGUGUUUAUGCUGCCAUGGUUGGGGAAAACGAUUGCGGGGACAACGGAUGCGGAGGCGCCCCCGACGCAGCGGCCGGAGCCGCACGAGGACGAGAUCAGCUUCAUUCUGGACGCGAUCAACGGGUAUCUAAGCGUGCCGGUCCGAAGGCAGGACGUUUUGUCUGCCUGGAGCGGCCUGCGCCCGCUGGCCACCAACCCCGACUCCAAGGACACCAAAGAUAUCGUCCGCGACCACGUGGUCACCGUCGGCGAAGACGGGCUCAUCAGCGUCAGCGGCGGCAAGUGGACGACGUACCGGUUAAUGGCGGAGCACGCCGUGAACGCCGCCGUGCGCGCCGGGAAACUGACGCCGCAGUCCAAGUGCGUGACGGAGAAUCUGCUGUUGGUGGGGGCGGAGGGCUGGGACCCGUCGCUGUUCGCGAGUUUGACGCAGCAGUACGUGCGCAUGAAACGGACGUACAGCGGGAAAGUGGUGCCCGGGGUGAUGGACACGGCCGUCGCGAAGCACUUGACGCAUAGCUACGGCGGCCGGGCGGACCGUGUCGCGUACAUCGCGCAGGUGGAGAGCUUCGGGAAGAAGCUGGCGCACGGGUACCCGGACCUGGAAGCGGAGGUGGUGUAUUGCGCGCGGCAUGAGUACUGCGCGUCGGCGGUGGAUUUCAUAGCCCGGAGAUCGCGGCUUGCGUUCUUAGACACGGCGGCGGCGGCGCGGGCGCUGCCGCGGGUUGUUGAGCUGCUGGGGCAGGAGUUGGGCUGGGACAAGAAGAAGCGGAAAGCUGAGCUGGCGGAUGCGCAGAGCUUCUUGGAGACGUUCAAGGCCAAGUCAAACGCGCAGUUUGUUGAUGGGAAGCACUAGACCAUGAUUGGAUAGACUAUGUAUGAUACAUAUUGCGCGCAGCAGAAAAGCUCAUAUUGGAUGCAACCAGCUGUUGACUAGUAUGCGAUGCAGCUCCAGUCCAAACACGAGGUCGAUCCCUUGGAAGAGUCGACGUGCAAGAACAUCGCUGUACGUGUUGCGGCAUGAAGAGGUCGACUUACAGCUGACUUAUGCCGG